AACUUCAUUGCAUGAUAAGAUCGAGUGAUGAGUUUUUUGCUGAUUGAGUUUGGUGAGAAACAAGCGAUCCAAUUAUUUCGUUCGUAAAUCACAGAACUCGUUUUGUAAAUCGAAUGAGAAAAAUUGCGCAAACGGGAAUUUGGCGGCGAAAUUGAGUUUCUUAGAAGAAGGUUAAUCGCACGAAAUGCUUCUGACUAAGGAUUAGAGGGAACGAAAAAGGCACCUCCUAGACAAAUUGUUGCCUAUUGAGCCGUUUCUGGUGUAUUGGAGGUAAAACUCCACUGAGAGGCGAACACCAGGUAGUAAACAAAUAAUCGAGUAAAAGGACUCCGUUCUAGCCUGUAGCUGUGGUUAAUUCCUGACAAAAAUUCUUUUUGUUUUUUUCCGUUUGGUCAUUAUAUACUAUUACUCUGAGAGAAAGUAUUGAUCGGUCAUCGUUUGCGGUUCAUGUUUCACCAAACCAUAUAGAGGUUAAAAACGCUUCUAGUAAAAGCAAAAAAUCAACAAGUUUACCGUUGACCGGUUUUUGUUUUUGUGUUUCAUCUUGUCUUUAUUUUCAUUUCAUAUUCAUAACACGAUUUUGUCGAAUCAGUAGUUCGUAGUCCUCUACAUCUUCUCGUUGCAAUGUCUCAAUUCGUUCGAUGCACUUGGUCCGAUGGGAAUAGGAACACCUGGCCUAAUGCAGUUUCUUCCCGAAAUGGCAGUACUCGAGGCUCGCAGAACUUGGUUGAGCUAGCAAAAGCGACACGAGACAUCACAAAUUUCGGAUGCAAUGCGGUAAGAUGCUUGCCAAGCACGUCUUUGGAGGCUCCGGAACCACUCAGGCAGCAUUACAUAUCUUUGAGCAAUAUGAGGACGAUGUUAGUCCUGUCAGCCCAAUGAUCACAAACACGCCUGUGAAGGAGGGGGAUCCUUUGGAUAUGCUAACAAGUCGAAAGACUUCCUUCUCUCAAAAGACACCCGAGAAGGCGCCGGUAAAACACCUAAACACUGAAGUCAAAGGAUUGCCGACAGACGCAAGCUUCGACAAUUACGUCCUUGGAGAGCUGCCUCAAAACUACGAGCUUUUCGUGAAAGUUGGUGCUCGAAAUAACACAUCUGCUAAAGCAGACUUAUGGUUAUUCGGGCAUCCGAGUGGAAGACCCUUUCGCUCGGCGGUUGAGUUUCAACCUCAUCUGUAUUGGCUUGUUACUGACUUAACUCACGAUGUUCAGAAGUGCUGUUGUGUUUUAUGUUCCAACCAGGAUACAAAAUCUCGACGUUCUCAGCAGAUGGAAGCCGAAAGGUUGUAUCAUGAAUGCAAGGACGACACCUACACAUGGCCUGCAUCAUUCCGUCUUGGAGAGCUUAUUUGGGUGGAUAUGAAUGGGCAAAUGCUACCCGGUAUCGUUGUUUCUCGCAACUUACUGACAGUAGAAAAUAGGUCAAAUGUCGAGGAUCAUCUCAUGUUGAAAGACUCGUAUUUGGAGCCAUAUCAAUAUCAUUGUCGAGAAUUAGGCAACUCUCGUUAUUUUUUUAACAUGGUAGCUGCCGAUGUUGAGCCAUGGGUUUCUCGUAAGCCCGAUCCUUCAAAUAAAUCUCACGCUCUGGGUAUUGAAUUGACCAAAUCAUGGUGCUUAUUUGGUUGCUAUCAGCCAUUGGACGAAUCGCAAUACAUUGAACACGAAAGCAACCGUGCUCCGCGUUGUGUACUUCCUAUUCUUGAGGAAGCCUCUUCCGAAACCAAUGACCAUUAUUAUGGGCUCUUUCUCGGAGCCGAAAAGAUAUGGGUAAACGAUUUGUGCGCAUUACAUGAGGAAUCCCUUCCCGAAAACUUCAAAGAAACUUCGUUUAUGCACAUAUCCGAUAUUUACAUCAACGAUGCAGACAUUAUUUGUGUACGUGGUACACUCUGGAAAGUAAUUGCAGAAGAGAACGAUCGGCACUCUGCAUCUGAAAAACAAGAAAAUGAAAAACAACUGCCUCGGCGGUUAUCCAUGAUAUCGAUGUGCGUCGGAAUGACAUUCGUCCGUCUUCACGCACCGGAGGAUGAGUAUGAAUGCGAACUGGCAAAUAUAAAAGGUCGUUGGUAUGAACCUUGGAUGUUGCAUGGUCCUGUUUGUGAAACAGAAAUGCCGUCGCUACGCGUCAACAGUCGCUUGGAAGCAAUUCAAGAAGAAAAUUGGGUGAACAGUAAUUUCUAUGAACUGCUGUCCUCCGAAAUUGAAAAUAUUACCCCGGUGGUCAUGUAA